AUGGUCAGAGACGUCGAGAAGCGCCGGCUGAGGCAAAUGGACCCCUGUGGCGAAUGUAAACGAAACAACGGUUUGGAGGGAUUGAGGCGACGGAAAGUGGAAUCCGUGGAUGACGAGAAUACCGAAGAAAGUCAGCGCUUAAGGAAAACGAAAAAACAACCACCGGAGGCAAAUUUUGAAAGGACGGGAAGCGGAUCGGGAUAA